AAAAAAGUGUGCAUAAAAAAGUUGGAAACUUAAAUUUACAAUUUCUAAUAUUUACAUUAUACUUUUUGUUGUGGCGACAAAGUCCCGUGACUUCGAAUAAAUUCAAUAUGAAAAUUCUGGGUCGUCUCAUAUUUCUUCUCUGGCAUGAUUAAACUCCGUUUUACGCCAAGACACCCAUCCCUUAAAAGCCCCCUUGCUGACCACGAAGGAGAGAGGAGGCGAGAGUAAGAAAGAGAGGUUUUAUUCUGGCAUUUUGUCUGGCGGAAGUCACGGCUCGAAUGGCCAUGGCGGGAGAGGAAUGCGUUAUGCCAACCCGGUGCACUCUCCGCCCUCGCAAAUAAAUGAUGGUUAAAUGACCACAGCUCAUCCGAGUUUGAUCGUCCCUGUGGGCGUGCGAGGGCCAUUUGCGAGCGCCAGCAAGGGCGCAGUGCGGGCGGCGAGGCGGUGGGCGGGCGCGGAGCCUUAGACGUGGCAGCGGCGCGCGCUACGCAGCCAGAGAGCAGCGAGGGAGCGAGGCGGUGGGCGCGUGAGUUUGAACGCCUCGGAAUGCCACACAAUAACCCUGAUAAAGAUGUGGGUGAGGGAGGCAAUACAGUGUUCAUUGAUGCAUCAGCCUUGGGAGAGCUGUCAAGCCAGCUGACACAGCAGGAUCUGGAAACUCUAGUUGGCUUCAACAUCCAGCCUGCAGAUCUUGAAGCUCUCCAUGAAGCCACGGAAGCACAUGUUGUAGACACAAGUGGCGUACUCAUAUCAGAUGGAGUGGCCGUGGGAAAUAUUGUGGAGGUGGCUGGAGGUGGAGGAGUGGAUGAUUCACAACAGCUGGAUGCUCACACUCACCACCAGGCACACCACCAGCCAAUGGAGGUGGAUGCACUCUCAGAGCACACACAAGUCAUUGGUGACAUGGACAUGCUCCAGCAAGGAGGAGAGCUGAUUACCAUGACAGGGGAGGAGUUGUCAGCUGGUGGGGAGUCGGGCACUGCAGCCCUGCUUGCUUCUACAGGUGGAGAUACCACAACCCACCAAAUUGUCACAGAAACCCCUCAGGUUAUCAAGAGCAGCCUUGGUCAGUUUGUGGUGCUUCAACAAAACCAGAAUUCACUAUCUUUGGGGUCAAUGAACAACCGCAUCAUAACAUCUGGAGGACAAGUAGUGACAACUAUGUCAGGCCUUGGGAACAGCAACAGCAACAAACCAGUUGUAGUUAAUGCAGCACAGCUAGGUGGUGCUCUCAGACAACAGAUAGUGGUGACCCAGCCAGCUACUGUCCCUCAGCAAGUUCGCACUGUCCAAGUCAAACAGCCUCAGCAGACACAAUCCCACAAUAGUGGAACAGUCACUAAGGUGAUCAUCACAAGUCAGGCAGGAGGCAGCUUGGGCAGCCUUGGAGGACAGCAGGUCCGCCUGGUCACCAGUCAGAGUGGUACAGGUGGAAGCACCCAGAUGGUGCCAUCUCCCACCAAAUUUACACUCCAGCAAGCACAACAAAUGGGACUCAUUUCACCUUCAAAGACAGUGAGCCAGUCUCCAAACAAGAUUGUUGUCCAGCGUGUUAAUAUGGGGAGUUCUUCUCCCCUGAAAUCCCCAAGUAAGUUGGUGAUACCUGUCUCCAUGGCCAUGAAGUCUCCCACCAAAAUAGCCCCUGCUCCUCCCACCGGACAACAACAGCAGAUUAUAACACACCAGAUUAGCAGUGGGGGAGCAGUCCGCAAUAUUUUGUCCAGUCCACAGAAAAUUGUGAUCAAGAGCAAUGUUCCUCAGCCUGGCCAGGGAUCAGUAAGCACUGUCAGAGCAGGGCAGAUUGUGACCUCUGGAGGACAGCAGGUCAUCAAAAUUCCUGCCAGCCAGGUGCAACAACUGACAGCUCAGCCACAGAAUGUACAGAUGUUUUCAAACAGGAUGAACUAUGUGAGAUUAGUGAGUCCAGGAGUGGGUGGAGGGGGUAGUGGAGGAGGGGGAGGAGCAGCAACCCUCAUCCGACCAACACCACCUACCAACAAGCCCAUUGCCCCAGCUGCAUCUCAGCCCAUCAAGAUAAAAGCAAUGCCUAUUGCACCAAGUCAACAGCCCAGUAAACAGCGGGUGAUAAUCCCAGUGUCUGGUUCUGUGCCAACUGCCAGUGUUGGUGGUAGUGUUCCCAUACGUCCUCAGACAGCAAGUCUUACUUUGCCAGCCUCAGCUCUUCCCCCUGGAGUCCUCUCCAACACCCAGCCUGGCUCUGUGGUCAUGAUUCCAGCCCAUUACAUGUCUCAGCUACAGUCAAAUACAACAAAUAGUGCAACAGUCCAGAUGUCAAGCCAGCCAGCCCCAGGUACAAUAAUUCCACCCCCAAAGCCACAACCUCCACGAACAGUAAUAGAUGCAAAUGGAAUUAGACCAAGAAAGCCCUGUAAUUGUACAAAGAGCCAGUGUCUUAAACUUUACUGUGAUUGUUUUGCAAAUGGUGAAUUUUGCAAUAACUGCAACUGUGCAAAUUGUUUCAACAACUUAGCACAUGAAGAAGACAGACAAAAAGCAAUCAAGGCUUGUCUUGAUCGAAACCCUCAAGCUUUCCGACCUAAAAUUGGAAAAGGAGGCAGUGAUAACGAACGAAGGCACAACAAAGGUUGUAACUGCAAGCGUUCAGGAUGCCUCAAAAAUUACUGUGAAUGUUAUGAGGCCAAAAUUCCCUGUUCUAAUAUUUGUAAAUGUGUUGGUUGCAAAAAUGUUGACGUGAACCCUGGUGUAGAAAGAAAGGGCCUAAUGCAGUUAGCUGAAUGUGCAGAGGCAAGAGUGAACCAGCAGAAUGCUGUCAAGUCCAAACUUCCUUCCUUCUCUCAUCACUCUCCUACCAAGAUGCUCUUCCCAACAUCAUCAAAGUCUGGUUACUGUCGCAUGAAUCAGGAAGUUGUUGAAGCCACAUGCCAGUGUCUGCUGGCACAGGCUGACAAGGCAGAGAGUGCAUCAGUGUCCACAGCACAGUUAGAGCAAACUGUGAUCUCUGAGUUUUCCAGAUGCUUAAUGCAAAUUAUUGGCAGCUAUACUUCACGGUCUAGAGGUGGUUAUUCUUUUCGAGUGUGAUUUGUUAUUCAGUAGUGGUAAACAUUGAUAUAUAUGUGGGUGUGUGCAUAAUGUGUCAUUAAUCCAUUCGGACUGAUGCAUGUGUAAAUACAAUAAAUAAAAGUGUAUUACAGUGGGCAUGGCAUGUAUUCUUGCCACAUGGGGUGAAUGGGUUACAGAAUAUCACAUUUUUUUAAAUACUAACUUAAUCUCCUUUUUUCAGGUCUGGGAGACACGUAGCAUGAUAGCAGAUAAUUGGUUGUAGUAUAAUAUGAGGUAUCAAGUCAUGUAAAUAGAUUUAUAUUAAAGAAUGUUAUAUUUUCUAGAUUCUGCAUCUGGCAGGGGAACUGCUUCACAUAUACAUGAGUCUGUUUGUGUGUUGCUCUCAUUCAGAGUUUUAAUAUGGGAAAAAAAAAUCAAAUACUCAUGUUGAAAGGCUUAUCAAUGCUUGUUUAUCCUCAUCUCUCUCGUUGUUAGUUAUGUAACCUGUUCUCAAGUUUUUAUUACAUUUGUUAUGACCAACUUCCUUACUCUCUCUGCUUGUUUUUUUGUUUU